AUGGGCAACUCCGGGAGCACCCAUAAGAUAUCUGCACAGGAUAAAGCUAUCCUGGACAUGAAGAUUCAACGAGACAAGCUACACCAGUACCAAAAGAAGAUCAUCAUCAUCACCAGCCGCGAGACCGAGGUCGCGAAAGAAUGCCUGAAAAAGGGUGACAAGCGGCGCGCCUUGCUGGCCCUGCGUCGGAAGAAGUACCAGGAAUCGCUGCUGCAGAAGACCGACGCCCAGCUUGCCCAACUCGAGACGCUCACGAGCGAUGUUGAGUUUGCGCUAGUGCAAAAGGAUGUGUUAUUCGGUCUACAACAAGGCACGAGCGUGCUAAAGGAGAUUCACAAGGAGAUGGGCGGGCUAGAGAAUGUGGAGAAGCUCAUGGGUGAGAAUGAAGAGGCGCAGGCAUACCAAAGAGAGAUAAGUGAAAUGCUUGCCGGCAGAAUGUCCAACCAAGACGAGGACGAGGUGGAGGACGAACUAGAUGCGCUUGAGAAGGAAAUGAACGGCACCAGACUCCCAGAGAAUCUACCGGAUGCUCCGACUGUAGUUCCCGACGCUGGACAGGCAGAACGCGGUUCUGCGCGGGAGAGAGCCGAGGCAAGAAGACAGGAGCAGGCAACCAUGCGCGCGGAACCGAUGCUUGCAUGA